AUGGCGACGACUGCUUCGAAUAACGUGGCGGGGACGGAGAACAUAACGCUCUCGUCUGCGCCGAGCACGCCGUCUAUGCCGAGCAAGAAUGAACAGCCUGAUCCUAUCGCGCGCGGUCCUCCACCACUACCGUAUAACCUCCACGAGCACAAGCUGAUGAUCUUUUUAUUCUGGUUCCUCAUCUUGACAGAAUGCACACUCAUCCCGAUUAUCUUCUACUUCACAAUCUCAAAUCUCACUGAUCUACGGCCGGGCGCCAUGUUUGCCAUCAUAACGGCGAUGUUUGGGUUUAUAUCUGGUGGAGAGUACGGUCUUCGCGGUCUACGACUUGCGUUGAAGCGCGAUACUUAUCGGCCUCUCAACGGCGCGGGACGAUGGAGUUUCGAUACGGUGCAUCUUGUUCUCGGACCACCGUACUUUGUCAUGACGGCGCUUAUGAUUGGAUUCAGCAUCCCUGAUCCGCCGAUGAUGAGGGGUCUGAGUAUCAUCAUGCCGGUCGGUAUACUAAUGGUAACAUCGUACAUGAUCUGGACGGGGAUAGCGUAUCAUUUCGGCUGGAGACUUCGCUUUCACCGCCUAAGCUCCCAUGUCGUCGGCGAUAAAUAUCCACCCCUUACUUUCACCAUCAUGGAGGAUAUCACGGCUUGUGAUGGGGGUGCUGGGAAGGAGUAUAGAAAGGCGGCUAUGGCGCGAUAUAACGCGUCGCCGAAGUUUAGAAGGAUGCUAGUGGAGAUGCUCUGGGCUUGGGCGAUUACUGGGUCGGUUGUGAGCAUUGUUUUGAUCGUGUUGGCGUGGGUGUUGCCGGUUGAGGUUGGAUAUACGCUUGGAUGGGCGGUUCCAUCGGUCUGGGGAGCGAUUGGGGCGUGGAUGACUAUUAAAUGGGGGCAGAGAUCGUUGCGGAUAGAAAAGGAAAAUUGGAGGAAUGAUCAUAUGCCUACUGCAUAG